AGGUUGCUGAUGUGUACAUGCCUUUGUUUGAAUCAGAUAAAGACAAACCCUAAAGAUUUGAUUUUGUAACAGUCCGAAGCAUUGACUGAGCUGACAAAAUAUCGUGCCCUGACUGACUGACUGAAUGAAUGAGGCUCUGUCUGUGUGUGUAGGCAGAGCAUAAUGCCUCUGCAGCCCUCUGAUUGGCUGAAACAAUGAGUGGGAAGGGGCUGGAAUGAGGCAACGGCCAACCGGAGACCAGACUGAGUGGGAGUGGGACAGAAAGUCCUGUUGGAAGAAAGACACUCCAAAGAGUUUCAGUCUGAAGUCAACAUCUGGAUAUCCUGAGAUGACCAGCUGGUUCUAAAUGAGUGUCUGCCAAUCAGCCUCUGAAAAGAGGCCAAGAGUUGAUGAUGGCAUUAUGAUGAAGACUCAACAAUAAGAAAAAAAACUUGCUCUGGCUUUAAAUACCACUCUAUGGGUAAGCACUUGUCUGAUUGAAUGCUUACUUCACUGCAAGGACUUUGAUUAUCUGGACUAUUUUUAAACUGACUGGAAAGCAAUGUGGCUGGGUCCUGAUUGGUGAGACCUGCUGCUAGAGGCCAAUGACUGACAGAAGAUGUCCAUGAGCGUAAAGAAGAAGUCAUCCUCUGUGCUCUCUGACGCUGCCUCUCAUAAUCAUUCUCAGCGCUAUCCUUCUUCGACCCCUCCACUACCUCUCAGGUCUCUGCAACUUGUUGCUAGGCAACCACAGGCAGCUGUUGUGCUGCGGGAGCGUAAGAAGGCCAAAGGCCAGGCUUCGGCAAUCAGGGAGUCCUGGCCGCGAGCCUCAGCAACAACCCACCACAGAUCUCUGACUCCACCCUCCAGAGUGCAUUCAGCUGCAGAAACUCGGCAACGGCCCUCCAGUAUACCAAGAUCACACAUCGUCUCAGUAGCUCCGACUGCCUCAGUGUCCCAGAAUCCUCUGCUUCCUGCAGCCUGUCCUCAUCGGUCAGUUCCUGCUAGAGCUACGCCCAAUGGGCGAGGUUCCGAUUUAACCAUGAUGUCACUACUGCUGUUUUACCACAGUUCUUCCAGUCUUUUGGGCAUUGAUGGUAAAAUUGAGCAGGCAAUGGAUCUGGUAAAGAGUCAUCUGAUGCUGGUGGUGAGUGAAGAGGUGGAGCUUUUACGUGAACAGCUGAGAGAACUGCAGGAGAGGAACCAGCAGCUGGAGAGAGAAAACCACAUCCUGAGAACGCUGACCCACAACAUCUACUCGCCAACAGGACACAGAAUCUCUCAGUAAUAUUCUCAUGGACAAUCUCAGUGUUCUCCUCUCGGACACACACAGUCUGAAAUGAAUUGGGCAGUAACAGUUUCCUUGUCUGAAGUAGAAAAUGUCAUGCAGUAAAAAACUGAAAACGUAUUCAGGCGAUGGAAGGCUAACAGGCUAGUCCACGUUUCAGCUGAUAUUAAACUGGUAUGCUAGUGCAAUACAAUGCUACAAUAUCAAAUUUGAACUUUCUGCACUUUCACUGAUACAUUCAUUGCUUAAUGUGAAGAUCAGCUGGAAUUUGUAAAUGAGGAAAGAACAGUAAUCUCUAAAGGGCCUUAGCGUUGCCUGGACAUACUAUGUCUUAUGUCAUUGCGCAGCUUGUCCUCAAAUCUAAAUCCAAAAGUUCACUCUACUUUUGUCAGAAUUAGAUUAACACAACGUUCUGAUAAUUCAUGGCACACAUAAUUUUUGUGUGUUGACACGAAUACAGUGCAAAACUGCAACAAACUUUACAACAGGGUAAUGCAGCACAGGGUUAAUAACCACUAAUAUUAUGCUUCUUCCUACAUUUACAACCAUUUUAAUUUUCAGCAUGAUUAUUAUAACUGGCUCAAAUUGAUAUGACUUCCUCUAAUCUGACAUUCUCUUGGUUGUUCUGCAAACUCAGAGCAAUACAACAUCUGUCCAGAGCAGAUAAACGUCACAGAACCUGAUUUAAAAAAAGUCUGAACCGUCUCUUGACAAAAACGUAUCCAUUUCAAGGUGAAUCGAAGACCAACCUACAGCUACCAAGUAACAAACCUUUUCUGCAUUCUUUAGAUUUGCUUUCCAAUCGACUUGUUUAUGAAAUUCUCAUGACUCACUGAAAUCAAACAAACCUAAAAUUGACAAAGAAACCAGAAACUCUGAAACUUAAUAUACUGUUUUUAAUAAUUGCAUGUCAAUUGUUUCGCUUACAACGCCCAUGUAGUAACACAGGGGGAAAGUUCACACACCUGAGUGAGUGCUUGCUGCUAAACCGACUGUGUUGUCAUGGUAACAUGUUUGACAGACUCACAUUUUGACAUCAGGACUUGUUGCUGCUGCUAGAAUGACAAUGAUUAUGAUGAACAAUAAUAUAUAAAUAAAUUAAUGAGGUAUAAUUAUCCAGCUGGGUUGUUUGUUUUUUUUUUGUGGUUUUUUUGAUAAUCUUCUGUGAUUUUGUAAUUAUCAGUAAUUCAAGUAACAAGUUUUGCAAACACUACCAAACACUAAUUGGUGAUCCGGAAAUAUUAUCAAAUGGUCUGGAGUUUACAUAAUGAAAACUAUAGAGGAUGUCAUGAUUUUAUAUCAAGUUAUUACACAAAUUUAACUCAGAAAAUGUUUCUUGAGCUUUGAUUUUUGAAUGACUCUGAGCUCCAGUGAAAACAAGCAAGAAGAGAUUUGUCAGUGAAAGAUCAAACUCAAAGUAAUUAAAGUAGAGUGGGAUUAUCCAGAUUGAAUCUCACUCAUCAACAUUUGUGUCACGAACACUACUCAGUGUAUUUAGAAAUUGUCGCUUUUUAAAACUCAUACACUUCUGAUAUUUAAAUGAGAUAUUUUAAUAUUCUAACUCAUUAAACAACACAGAUAUCUAGUUCUGCAGUUUUCUUUUGAAGAAAAAAAAAA